UUCAGGCAUCGGGAUACAAAGAUAACGUUUUUCUGCGCAGCACCUCCUGCACAGUGUGUGGUCCGUACGUCCAUUAGCGCUGACCCGUCGAGAUGGCAGACAGCAGAGAUAAAACCACCGAUCAAAUGAAGAUAUGGAAGGAGAACAGGGGCUCUCAGAGGCCAGACACGCUGACCACAGGAGCUGGCCAUCCUGUUGGAGACAAGCUGAACCUGCAGACUGCAGGACCAAGAGGCCCUCUGCUGGUCCAAGAUGUGGUCUUCACAGAUGAGAUGGCCCACUUUGACAGGGAGCGAAUCCCAGAGAGAGUGGUGCACGCCAAAGGUGCAGGGGCGUUUGGUUACUUUGAGGUGACUCACGACAUCACCCGCUACUGCAAGGCCAAGGUGUUUGAGCAUGUCGGCAAGACUACACCUAUCGCCAUCCGCUUCUCCACUGUGGCUGGAGAGUCGGGAUCAGCAGACACAGUGCGAGAUCCCAGAGGCUUUGCCGUCAAGUUUUACACUGAGGAGGGAAACUGGGACCUGACAGGCAACAACACCCCCAUUUUCUUCAUCAGGGACGCCCUGCUGUUCCCGUCCUUCAUCCACUCCCAGAAGCGCAAUCCCCAAACCCACAUGAAAGACCCUGACAUGGUGUGGGACUUCUGGAGCCUGAGGCCUGAGAGUCUGCAUCAGGUGUCUUUCCUGUUCAGUGAUCGAGGUUUGCCUGAUGGCUACCGUCACAUGAACGGCUAUGGCUCUCACACCUUCAAACUGGUCAAUGCCAAUGGAGAGAGUGUCUACUGCAAGUUCCACUACAAGACUGAUCAAGGAAUAAAGAAUCUGCCAGUGGAGGAGGCAGACCGUCUGGCAGCCACCAACCCAGAUUAUUCAAUUGGAGACCUGUUUAAUGCCAUUGCCAAUGGCAACUACCCAUCCUGGACCUUCUACAUCCAGGUCAUGACCUUUGAGCAGGCCGAGAAGUUCCAGUUCAACCCCUUCGACCUUACCAAGGUUUGGUCUCAUAAAGAAUACCCUUUGAUUCCUGUGGGCAAACUGGUCCUCAACAGGAACCCAGUCAACUACUUUGCAGAGGUGGAGCAGCUGGCCUUUGACCCCAGCAACAUGCCACCAGGCAUCGAGCCGAGCCCCGACAAGAUGCUGCAGGGUCGUCUCUUCUCCUAUCCAGACACACAUCGACACCGGCUGGGAGCCAACUACCUGCAGAUCCCCGUCAACUGCCCUUUCAGGGCCCGUGUGGCCAACUACCAGCGUGAUGGUCCGAUGUGCAUGUUUGACAACCAAGGUGGAGCUCCAAACUACUAUCCUAACAGCUUCAGUGCCCCAGAGACCCAGCCUCAGUUUAUGGAGUCCAAGUUCAAGGUGUCUCCGGAUGUGGGUCGUUACAAUAGUGCAGAUGAAGAUAAUGUCACACAGGUUCGUGCCUUCUACACCCAGGUGCUGAAUGAAGAGGAGCGCCAGAGACUUUGCCAGAAUAUGGCAGGGUCCCUGAAGGGAGCCCAGCUCUUCAUCCAGAAACGCAUGGUUGAAAACUUGAAGGCUGUCCAUCCAGACUACGGAAACAGGGUUCAGACCCUACUCAACAAGUAUAAUGCAGAGGCCCAGAAGAGCUCAACUGUGCGUGUAUACAGCCGUCCAGGAGCCUCAGCCAUCGCUGCGUCCUCCAAGAUGUGAUGCCUUCAAUUUCUGACAGGGGCAGCCCCCCUCAUUUCUCUGAGAACAAAUGCACUUAUGUGAUUACCAACUACUACUACCAGUAACAAGAUUACAUGAUAAGAUUGAAAUACUAACCUUGUAGCGUCAGGAUUGGGGUUAUUCCAUUUGAAUUCAAUCCAAGCAAUUAAUUUUCUUCAAACUUCUCAAAGCUGGUGAUCUGUGAUUAAAAACCUGAUGAGGUAAAUUUGUCUUGACUGAACAGCAGCUUUAUAUGCAUAUUGCUUUGAUGGCAUUACAUGAAUUCAUUUCAGCCAAGUAGUAUAAUGAGCAAUGAUUGUUUCCAAUAAUUCCUCAGGUUCUUUAUAUGCUACUGUGUUUUUAUGAUCCAUCUCUUUUCUUUAGCUUAAGUUUAAAGAAAAGUAAUCCAGCUGUUAAAAAUAAUUCCUCCUGUCAACAUUGAAAUAACAUUUGCAAAAAGAAGGAAAAAAUUGAUGUUAUGCCUGGCAUGUACCUGACAGCUGCUUUAAUAUGUCUGAGUUCAACACGGCAAAAUACCUGGACUUGUUUGUUAACUUGUGGCUUUGCUAAUGGUAGCGUUUUUUUCAGUAUGAUUUGCCAAUGUGUUUUGGCUAGUUUUCUUCAUGCUCGACUGAAACACUGAUGAUAUUUAAUUAUGUGAAAACAGGAUAUUUAAAUUCAGAGUAGCAGAAACAGCAAUGAGAAAUCUCUGGUGUGUGUCUGUCUUAUCACAUCACAUGCAAUUCCUAAAGAGCAAGUUUCUCGAUGGGACAUUUUCUUACAACUAAAACACUCUUCUGUGCCUUUUUUUGGUUUAAGAACUACAGAAUACAGGUGACUUUAACCUUUAAUCAGAAAUUAUCUAUGAUUUGCUCUGUUUCAUUGUGAACAACAUAGCCACUCAGAAAGAGACUGUAUAUUAUGUGUGAUUGCUAGCAAUAUGUUUGAAGGUGUAACCUGGCAGUACAUCUACAUUGACUAAUAAUUUCUGAUUUGAAAUAGUAUUCAUUUUUAAACUGAGUAACCUCCCAAAAAUGCUCUCCCAUUGUGGUUUCUUUAGGGUGAAAUGGCAUUUUACAGAGUGUUACAAAGUUUUCAGAGGAAUCCAGUUAUUUCAAAUUCAAGUUUAAAUUUAUCGGGUGGGUCACUUUGAACCUGUGAAGAGACCACAAAGCUCCUCAGAAGGAUGCAAAUCAAAUUCAAAUCAAACAUAUCACUGUCCAUGUAACCUGCUAUUGUUAUGUAUUUGUAAACUCUCAAAUGUUCUUGAUCUGAAUGUAACUGAUUUUUUUUUUUUUUUUUUUUAAUGUUCAGUCUUUCAGAUGAGGUGUACUUUGUGCCUGCAUUAAUUACUUUGUAAACAAAGCAUAUCAGCAA